AGUAAGUUUACACUUGUAUUGUUCAACAACGUAGAAAUGUCUAUUCCAGGGUAAACAUGUAUUAUAUCACCACAAUUUUAGCAAUUGCAUCUGUUUGCGAUGGAUUAACGUACAGGAACUAUGCUCUGCUCCAUGGUAUGCCUCGGAAUGACCGCGAGUUGAAAUUCUUUAAUGACAUGGUUAAGCUUUAUAAUGUCACAUAUUGGAGGAGACCUGGCAAAGUCAUGAGGCCUGUUGAAUUUACCAUUAGUCCCUAUAAUUAUGGUGAACUUAUGAUAGAUACAUACAGGACGAAGAUUCGCUUUAGGACUAUUAUGGAAGAUGUGCAAAGUGCAUUUGAUGAACAAACAAUUAAACAUUAUUUUAGGCAUCAUUUGGAUUCAUUCAACUGGGAUAACUAUCAUAGUCUAGAUGACAUUUACACUUGGCUGAAAGAUCUUAGCGGUGCGCACCCUGAAGAGGUUCAAUUGUUGCAUAUUGGAAAGAGUUUUGAGAAUAGGGAUAUAUUCGCUGUGAAACUAAAGUUGAAUAAAAUUAAAAUUUGCAAGAAAAGACACAGACCGAAGAUUAUAAUAGAAGGAGGGAGCCAUGGACGGGAGUGGAUAUCUCCAGCAGUAGUGACUUAUAUGAUACACGCAUUACUAAACGCUAACAAUUCAAACAGCGAAGAGUUGAAGCUGGUAGCACCCAUGUACGACUGGUUUUUCGUUCCUGUAAUGAACCCAGAUGGAUAUGUGUAUUCACAAACACAAGAUCGAUUGUGGAAGAAAAAUCGCCGUGGUGGUUAUGGUGUCGAUUUAAAUCGAAAUUUCGGAAUUUUAUUUGGAAAACAGGGAGCCAAAACGGAUAAAAGAGACGACGAAUACUGCGGUAAAGAACCUUUUUCUGAACCGGAAUCUGCAGCUAUGGCCACGCUCGCGAGAGACAAUAGUUUCAGCCUGGACUACUACCUGUCUUUUCAUGCUUAUGGACAGUACAUAAUUCUCCCCUACUCCUUUUCUAAGAUGUACGAAGAUAAUUACAAUAGUACGAAAAAGUUGGCUGACAUGAUGGCUCAAAAACUAUUUACAAAAUAUCAAGUUCAAUAUAAAGUUGGCACUAAUUUUGAUACACAAGGAUACUUAGCGUCAGGAGUAAGUGCAGACUGGGUAAAAAGAGCAAUUAACGUUACCCACGUGGCAACCAUCAUGUUACCAGACACAGGAGUGUUUGGGUUCGCAUUGCCAACAAAUCAGAUUCUGCCCACUUGCCAAGCCAUCCUGGAUGGGUUGCUAGCAUUCCUAGAUCCGCCAAACCCCGAAGAUCUGCUAAACCGUGAAGUCAGAAGGUUAGGAGAUAUACCAAAAGAAGAGGAUUCUAUAUUUGAAUUUUAUGAUGAUAGUGCUACUCUGGAGAACUAUGCCUCUUCAAGAAUUUUAUUUGUUUGUAAUGUGAUUGUGUAUAUGUUUAGCAGAUUCCUAUAA